UCACCCGACACAGGGUGGUUAGAGUACUUAAAGAAAUUCGGAGAUAUAAACAAUCUGCGAAAUAGUUUUUUUUUCAGGUACGGAACGGUACUUUAAGUUAUAAUAUAUUGAUUGUUUAUAAAGCAAUGGAGGAAAUAUGCCGGGUUUGCCUGGGGCACUGCGAUGACAUGGUCAACAUAUUCGCGGGAACGCUAGGAUCGGGACCUUCGAUUCCGGACAUGAUUGCCGAGUGGUCCGGCUACCAAGUGGAGAAAGGCGACUCGCUUCCCGAAAAUAUAUGCCUAAGUUGCUUGGAAGAUGCCCAGAACGCCUUCGAGAUCCAACAGACUUCCGAGUUGGGACACCAGUUCCUGUGCCAAGUCAAGGAAGUCGAGUGCAUCGGGAAUGAUUUGCGUAAGGAGGAAUACUUUACAAUAUCGGACUCUGAGAGCGAGGCAUCAAGAUCCGGCCAUCCAGUCAAGGACAUACCAUUUGGGGAAAAGGAGUCAAAUAAAGAAAAUAAUGCCCAGCAGUUCGAUAGCGAAACUAUGGAGCUGAACUCAUUGGAAGAUGAGAUGUCACUCGGCCAAACUGAUCAAUCCAUGUGCCAGUUUACGGAGGACAGUAACAGUGGGAUAUCAGCUGGUGAACUCGAUCAAUCAAAUGGCUACGCUCAAGGUAAAGAUGAAGUCUGUGAAAUAUCAGACGACGAAACUAAGUCUUCAGAUUGUCAAAUCCAAGAGGAUGCGAAGAGUGAAAAGUCAGUCGGGAAAGAUGAUCAACCCCAUUUUAAAAUUGGAAAUGAUGAUGUGGAUCUUGGCAGCCCGAAGAUCUCUGACAAUGAAGAGCGACCUCACAAGUGCCCCGUCUGUGCGAAAACCUUUGCACGCCAUUGUAGUUUUCAAAAUCAUCUCAGGGGACAUGCGGAGGACGCUGACUCUGCAUCAAAUCAUAGUACUGACACUCCAAGUGACAAAAGUAGACGACCACGUAAGACGGAACAACCGCAGGGACUUAUUAAAAAUGACACCUCUUCUCAGUCGGAUGACCUAUCUUACCGUCCAAACCAAUCAGGUCCAGAGGCAUACAGGCGGGUUCGAACGGAUGAGCGCCCAUAUAAGUGUAAUCUUUGUCAGAAGUCUUUUGUGCGAAAAGCUGGUGUUAUAGUACACUUGCGUGUUCACACGGGCGAACGACCCUAUCAAUGUGACCUGUGCCCCAAGGCAUUUAAGCAACAUGUUGACCUAAGCCGACACAUGUUGACCCACACAAAGGAACGACCGCACAAGUGUAACCUCUGCGACAUGUCCUUUACACAUCCCUCUGCCCUUAAGGUGCAUUUUCGCGAUCACAGAGGAGAAAGACCAUUUAAAUGCGAUCGUUGCCCGAAAACUUUUAGGUUAAAUUUUUGUCUAAAAGAACACAUGCGUAAACACACGGGGGAACGGCCGUAUAAAUGUGACAAAUGCCCGAAGGCUUUAAAGGCAGCACUUGAUUUGAAGCGACACAUGUUGACCCACGCAAAGAAAUUCCAGUUUAAGCGAAUUAAAAGCCUCAAUCCUCAAAAAAAACAAAUGUUCCAGUGUGCGCAGUGUCCUAAGAUUUUUCGCAACAAAAGUAUGUUGAGAGUGCACCUACGGGUGCACACGGGAGAACGUCCAUUCGAAUGCGAUAAAUGCGCCAGCUCUUUUAAGCACAACAUCGACCUAAAGCGACACAUUUUAACCCACCAAACGAAGGGGCCAUACAAGUGUCAGCAGUGCGACAUGUCCUUUGCGCGUCCCUGGUGCCUCAAUGUGCACAUGGAGGAUCACGCGAGAGAAAAACCUGUCCACUCGACAGCAAAUCCAUAUAAAUGUGACCAAUGCGAAAGAUCUUUUAACAAACAAUCCAGUCUUAAGCGACACACGACGAUGUGUCACAAGCCAAUAUUCAAGUGCUUAUAUUGUACCAUCGUUUUCAGGGAAAAAAAGAAGCUGGAGGAACAUGUAAAGACUCAUACUUGUGAAAAACCAUAUAGUUGUGGUCAAUGCCCAAGGACUUUUAAGUUUAAACCAUCUCUUAGGGCGCACAAACGAAUACACAUAGGAGAAAAGCCGCAUAAAUGUCCUUAUUGCCAGAAAUCAUUUGCCUAUCAAGCCUCUCUAACGUCGCACAUGCAGUCUCACUCCAAGUUGCGUUCGUAUAAAUGUACCCAAUGCCUGUCAAGCUUUUCGCACCUUCCCGCCCUCGAGAAACACAUAAAGACUCACAAGAAUAAAUGAUCCCACAAACCUUCACCCAACAAUUUGACAAAUGCAUCCCUAUUUAUAAAUAUAGAAAUAUACAAAUUUUACGAUAAUAAAUAAAUUAACAUAUGCUCUAA